GUCAUCCAUCUUUGUUUUUGAGAGAAAACCGCAAGCACAGCGUUCCAAUCUGAAUCCAACAGCUUUCGUGAAAAAUAUUUUAAGUUUUAUUUGUGCAAGAUCGCCGAUAAUCACAGAAAAUGGGUGACAAAGAUCAAAGCAUCAUGGAUAAAUCCAUGCGAUCUGUGUUCGUUGGAAAUAUACCUUACGAAGCUACGGAAGAGAAAUUGAAGGAUAUUUUCAGUGAAGUCGGACCGGUUAUUUCCUUAAAGUUGGUGUUCGAUCGCGAAAGUGGUAAACCAAAAGGUUAUGGAUUUUGUGAAUACAAGGACCAAGAAACGGCACUUAGUGCAAUGCGUAAUCUCAAUGGUUACGAAAUCGGAGGUCGUGCGUUGCGCGUGGACAACGCUUGUACGGAGAAAUCACGCAUGGAAAUGGCUGCAUUAUUGCAAGGUCCGCAGAUCGAUAAUCCGUAUGGGGAUCCGUGUGAUCCAUUAAUGGCCCCGGAAAUAGUAACCAAAACUGUAGUUUCAUUGCCACCGGAGCAGAUGUAUGAAUUAAUGAAACAGAUGAAAACUUGCUUCCAAAACAAUCCGGUGGAGGCACGUAAUAUGUUGCUUCAAAAUCCACAGUUGGCUUACGCACUUCUCCAGGCUCAAGUGGUCAUGAGAAUUGUUGAUCCGGCCACUGCUGUUACUUUUUUGCAUAAGGCAAACCAAAUGCCUCCGAUACUGUCAGGUGAUUCAGUAAGCAUUCCACCGUCGCAACAUUCUCCGAUACCCAUGCCGGUUCCAGCUCCGAUGCCAGUUCCUCCUGUAGGAGGAUCUUCGUCAUUUGCUCCUACUGCAGGGCACGAUAUAGAUCUGCGAAAUGUAGAUCCUCGCAUUUCACGUCAACUUAAUUUGGAUCAGGAUAUGCGUUCGAUACCAUCGACAGGUGGAAGCAUGCCACCCCCAAUGGACAAUUUCAACAAUCAACGUGCUGCGCCACCGCGUCCAAUAGGUCCGCAAGCUCCUCCACCAUCCAAUCCAUUUCCAGUUGAUCCACGUCAACGCCCAGCGGAUCCCCGACAAGGUCCGAAAGAUCCACGCCAACAAGCAGGUGGAUCCAACCGCCCACCGGCACCACCAUCGUCAUCAUCAAUGGCAGCUGCUAGCGCUGCGGCUGCAGCUUCAUCCAACGGUAUUCCAAAUGAUGCAUCUGAUCAGGAAAAAGCUGCUCUCAUCAUGCAGGUUUUGCAGCUUUCGGAUGAACAGAUUGCAAUGCUGCCACCGGAGCAACGCACCAGUAUUCUGGUGCUCAAGGAGCAAAUCGCUAAAAGCACUCAACGCUAAUAAGGCAUUAUGCUUGAUAAAUAAACAUCAGAUGAUCAAACUGUAAAA